CAAGCGGUGGCUUUUAACCGCGUACGAACAGAAAACACGAGAAAUGAAUAAGUUGACGUUUAUAUUCAUCAUUAUCGUACUUGCUCUGUCGGAAAGUGGAGAAGGUAGAAACAGAAAUGUCCAAGAUCGCAGUUCAACUUAUGAUCUAUUAAUGUUAAAUAAAAGAAUUGAUAGAAUUCUUACUGACAUUUUAGGUCCUAUAAUUGGUAAUCCUACUACUACUACAAAACCUACUGUUAAUCCUACCACUGCAUCCGCUAUUAUACCGACCGAUGAACCUACCACUAAACCUACUGUUACACCUACCAAAGGAUCUACCUCUACACCUGUUGUUACGCCUACCGAAGAACCUACUACUACAUCUGCUAUACCUACCGAUGAAACUUCUACUAUAUCUGUUGUUAUACCGACUGAUAAACCUACCACAAUCCCUACUAUUAUACCCACCACUAAACCUGCCGUGUUACCUACCAGAAAACCAACCACUAUUUCUACUGUUAUACCUACCACUAAACCUAAUAUAAUACCAACCAGAAAACCUGGUCAUAUACCAUUCCCUUCAUUUGGUCCUAUUGCUGAUGUCAAACCUUUUAACGUAGUUCGUCCUGUUCCUGUUCCUGUUCCUAUACCUGCAGCUGCAGCUGUCUUUAACCGCCGUCCCAUACCUGGUACCAAAUUUCGUCCUGCUUCUCGUCCUAUUCGUGGAACUCUUCCUCGUCCUGUCCCUGGGGUUAAGUCUGGUAUCAUACCAGUCCCUAUACGUUUUCCUGGAUCGUUUCCUCGACAAGAAAGAAAAUAAACAAAGAGAAUGUAAGAAAAUUAUUACAAAAAUGUGUCUAAAAUUUAAAAAACGAGAAUAAAUAAAGAUCAGUACCAUACAUAGAUAAAUAAACUCUGGAUUUAUAUCAACUUGAUAUUUGUUCCGGUCCAGACCACUGAUUAACUGAAAGUCCAUCAGUGGUUCGGCUAAGCUUUUCGUU